GUCGUAAUUAAUGGACGCCCCCAAUAUAUCAUUGGAACGAGAACGAAUGUACUGUUCCAGUGGACUUCUUUGACUUGAAAGAAAUAACCAGGAAUCAAUAACCAAAAUGGCGGCAUGUCUCUCCAUGACAACAGAUGUACACAAGCCCAGUGUUUACUUCAAAUAACAUUGACAGUUUUUCCCCUUUAUUCAAGCCUUUGUGUCACCGUGCUUCUUUAACUUUCUGAUUUCAUUGAAUUAUCGUAAGUAUUAAAAUAAUUCACUUAUUAAGUAGCGAGUAUAGAGGUUGAUCCUUAAUAAUUAUGGAACACAGCGUCUACCAUAUAGCCCAGCCCUAGGCCUUGGCUAGCUCUACUAUUACUGCUAAAUUUAAUGUGAAAAAGUUGUAGUUGUUGCCUAACUUAACGGCUUUUACUUGUACGGUUUACGUUAAUUUUAAGUACCCUGGUAAAUUAAAUUGUAAAUUCGCAGUCUAAGUUUUAAAAAAAUAAAUUAACAUUUAAAAAUUGCAUUGUUACUGAGUGCUAUGCCAUUCCUCUGUAGUAUUAGUAAAGAAACUUGAGUCACCGUCUUGUUCAAUGCAUUAAUAUUAUGUUGUAGUUCCCGAUUCUUUUGUUUCGUAAUCUAUAUUGUAAUUUUAGUUUUAUUUGGAGGGGAGGGGGUGAAGUGGGGGAAUCAGUCAAGCACACUAAUUUGACUAAUUGGUCCUUAAGAAGUUCAAUGUGUGAAUGAAGAUCGAUUAUUGAUUACUGAUUACGUUAGUUUAAAGGGUUUGAUAACAACAGGAAUUAGAUUUUAAACCAUUGUAUUCCUUAAUUGAUAUGUUUAAAUUGAAUUCAAAUCUAAACGUUGUCUUUUGAUAGAAAAUAGUAUCAAAAAGAAAUGACUAUAUUCCUUGCAGUAUUGCGUUUUAAGCUAUUUUAUAAUUUGUAGUAUUGAGGCCCACCUUACAAGACACAUAAGGAGGAACCAUUAUUAAAUAAUUUUAUUGCUCACUAAAAUUUUAAAAAGACAAUUAAUAUUAAUAGAGAGUGUAUUUCUCAAGACUGACACUUGAACACUUAUGACAUGGGUCGUUCGCAAAUAACGUCACGCAAAAAAAAAUGACCGUUUUAGACCCCCCCCCCGUCACAAAGUAUAAAAAAUUCUUUACCCCCACCCCCUUUUUCAGUGUGACGUCACACCUAAAAAAAUCAAAACAUACACAACAUUUUCAUAACUUAACUAAGAUUUAAUUUUAUUCUUUAAUAUUUUUCCAUAAUGGAUUAAGAUGAAGUAUUAUUAGAAAACUGUGACGGGAAACAACGAAGUCAUCCACAAGCCGAGUGUAAAAUGUCCACAACAGUUUUUGCGUCAUUUUUCGAUAUGCGCAGAUGAUCUGCACGACUAAGUUUCAUCGUACCUAUAAUACCAGAGGCAAUUUCGACCUCAAAUUAAUGUUUUUAAAAUUAAUUGAAUAAAGAUUUUUCAAAAUGAUAAAAUUUGAGAUGUUAUUUUUAAAAAUAUUUGUUAAAAACGUGACGUCACAAUUGUUUUACCCCCCCCUCCCCCUGUCACUAAAAUCUCCCCCCUCCCCAUGAGCGUGACGUAAUUUGCGAAUGACCCCUUAUUGGCCUACGUGAUGUAGAAAUACCGAAUAGGCCCUACUGUAAUUAUCUAUUUUGGAGUCCACGUUUUACUUUGGUUCAGAUUGUUAAUUGUGUUCAAUUCGGUCUACAUAUUGCAUGACUAAUUGCAUGGUUUUCUUUUUAAUGGAAAUACUUUGCUUUGAAAUAUUAUAAUGUAAAUAUAUGCUUUAAAAUUAUUAUUAUUUUUAAAAUGUAUUUAACUAUGUAAUGUAAAUUUAGUGUAAAUGCUCUGUGUGAUAUGUGGGCUAGAGUAUCUGGAUUUAGAAUGUCAUUCUAUUGCUUCUUUUUAUCUAGACUAUUAUUGGUAACAUAAACUCAGUCACAGACUGACACUGAAACGAACGGCAGUGAAAGCCAAGUAUUGAUCAGCAACAAAAGGAAUUAAAUCAAUAGAUCUAUAACCGUUCUGUGUAAACAUUAGAAGGUGUUCCUGUCUUUUAACUUUUAACAAAUUUAAAUCCAGGUCCAGCUUAAUUUUAGAAAUAAAUAUGUGUCAUACUUUUGGUGUACAUGUAAUCAAUCUGUGGCAUAUUUCUAUCUAAAAAUUGUUUCCAGCUAUUUUGAUAUCAAAAUAAAUGUAUAAUAAACAUGGGCGUCCACAGUGGGGAGUAAGGGGAAGUGCCUCCCACCCCCACCCCCCACCCCCCGCGCGGAUUUUUACUAAUAUUUUGUCAAAAUACUAUUACCAACCUUUUUAAGCUUGUAAAUGUGUACGUAACUACUCACCAGCUCUUCACUAGCUCAGCUUGUAGGGGUGGCCAUUAACAUUAGAUGUUGAUACACUAAUUAAGAAAGAUAUAUGUUGACUGUGUUACUGUAACCUGAACCACCUGAACCAACAAUGCUGCUUUGUUUAAUACUGCCAACGAAUUACUUGAAUUAAUGAAAACUCGUAAACUGUGUGUCCACAAAGCCGUGAGCAAGUUCAAGUUACACUCAGAGGUGCCUUCAGCAUUCUGGCAGUCAUUGUAACCAGUCACUCAGAGGUGCCUUCAGCAUUCUGGCAGUCAUUGUAACCAGUCACUCAGAGGUGCCUUCAGCAUUCUGGCAGUCAUUGUAACCAGUCACUCAGAGGUGCCUUCAGCAUUCUGGCAGUCAUUGUAACCAGUCACUCAGAGGUGCCUUCAGCAUUCUGGCAGUCAUUGUAACCAGUCACUCAGAGGUGCCUUCAGCAUUCUGGCAGUCAUUGUAACCAGUCACUCAGAGGUGCCUUCAGCAUUCUGGCAGUCAUUGUAACCAGUCACUCAGAGGUGCCUUCAGCAUUCUGGCAGUCAUUGUAACCAGUCACUCAGAGGUGCCUUCAGCAUUCUGGCAGUCAUUGUAACCAGUGCAAACAAUUUUUUGUUAAAAAAUGACACCCCCCCCCUACAAAAAACUUUUUCUGACGCCCAUGAUAUUUUCUUUAUUUAAAUGCACGGUCCUAUCAAGAGAUGUGUGUUUCCGUUUUGGGCAGAUGAAUGCACACAAUGCACACAAUGCACACAAUGCACACAAUGCACACAAUGCACACAAUGCACACAAUGCACACAAUGCACACAAUGCACACAAUGCACACAAUGCACACAGUGCACACAAUGCACACAAUGCACACAAUGCACACAAUGCACACAAUGCACACAAUGCACACAGUGCACACAAUGCACACAAUGCACACAAUGCACACAACGCACACGUGACUACUUAAUUAUGUUUUUAAAAAAUGAAUUAAACAAAAAAACAACCGACUUAUGCCACUGAUUUGUUGCCUGUCAUAAUUUUGUGUUGGGUCGUACUCUGCAUACCCCCCUCCUGGCAACCCUAAUACCUCCCGCUCCCCCACUAACCCUGGUUAAGAACCCUUGGGUUAGAUUAUGACACCCUUCUCAAUGCUUCACAGUGUUACAUGCCUUGAAACAUAGUUGUGCCUCAAACAAAAACAAAACAAAAAAAAAAAACGUUUAAAAAAAACUUUGUCACUCCUCGGCACUCGUGUGGACCCUAGGAGUAUUUAUUGCUACGCCUACGCCACACUUAUUUGCUAACAGUGUCCUGAUAAAUAAUGACACAUGUUGAGUAGGAUCAGUCUUGUUUCUGUUGCUUCAAUAGCUUUCUCUCACCGUGGCUCUCUCUCUCUCUCUCUCUCUCCAUUUUCUUUUUUUUUCUUAGACUUCUGUUAGAGAUUCCAUUGACCUGCCAACACACCUUUUCUCUCACUCUUUCUCUCGGUCUCUUCCUAUUUCUCUUUCUAUUUGUAUAUGUCUCUCUUUCUCUGUCUCUGUCUCUCUCUCUUUCUCACUCUUUCUUUCUCUCUUUCUCUCUGUCCUUCUCUCUUACUUUCUCUAUCUCUUUCUCUCUCUCUCUCUUUCUCGCUCUUUUUCUCUCUCCCCUUCUCUCUAUUUCUCUUUCUUCCUCUCUCUUUCUUCCUCUCUCUUUCUUCCUCUCUCUUUGUCUUUCUAUCAGUGUCUUUCUCUCUUUCGCUCCCUCUCUUUCUUUCUGUCCCUCUCUCUCUCUCUUUCUCUCUCUCUUUCGCUCUUUUCAUUACUAUCCUUCAAGCUCAAGGAUCAGCCUACAGCACAGGUUUCCAGUUGCUCGCUGAAGUUCAGGAAAAUAUCAUUAACUGACUCAAAAUGUCUCUGAUAAUAUAGACUUAAAUGAUGUUGGCAGUCAUAUAACAUAGACUUAUAUGAUGUUGGCAGUCUGAUAAGAAAGACGUAUACGAUGUUGGCAGCCAGAUAAGAUAGACUUAUAUGAUGUUGGCAGACUGAUAAGAAAGUCUGUCUCUCUCUUUUCUCUGAAUCUCUCUCUCUCUCUCUCUCUCUCUCUCUCUCUCUCUCUCUCUCUCCCUGUCUCUCUUUCACUCACUUUCUUUCUAUCUCUGAUAAAAUAGACUUAUAUGAUGUUGGCAGCCUGAUAAGAUAGACUUAUAUAAAGUUGGCGGUCUGAUAAGAUAGACUUAUAUGAUGUUGGCAGUCUGAUAAGAUAGACUUAUAUGAUGUUGGCAGUCUGAUAAGAUAGACUUAUAUGAUGUGGGCAGUCUGAUAAGAUAGACUUAUAUGAUGUGGGCAGUCUGAUAAAAUAGACUUAUAUGAUGUUGGCAGUCUGAUAAGAUAGACUUAUAUGAUGUUGGCAGUCUGAUAAGAUAGACUUAUAUGAUGUUGGCAGUCUGAUAAGAUAGACUUAUAUGAUGUUGGCAGUCUGAUAAGAUAGACUUAUAUGAUGUUGGCAGUCUGAUAAGAUAGACUUAUAUGAUGUUGGCAGUCUGAUAAGAUAGACUUAUAUGAUGUUGGCAGUCUGAUAAGAUAGACUUAUAUGAUGUUGGCAGUCUGAUAAAAUAGACUUAUAUGAUGUGGGCAGUUUGAAGAAAACUAAAAAAACUUUUGAAAAGGACGAGUAGAACAAAAUUCAAAAUUUUUGUUAUAAAAUGCAUUACUGUCUGUAGCUACCUACUAGAUACAAUCCUAAAGUCUGUAGCUACCUACUAAAUACAAUCCUACUGUCUGUAGCGACCUACUAGAUACAAUCCCACUGUCUGUAGCUACCAACCAGAUACAAUCCUACUGUCUGUUGCUACCAACUAGAUACAAUCCUACUGUCUUUAGCUACCUUCUAGAUACACUUCUACUGUCGGUAGCCACGAACCAAUUAAAAUCCUACUAUCUGUAGCCACCGACUAGAUACAAUCCUCUUGUCUGUAGCUACCAAUCUCAUUGUUGUUAGUUGACUUUAGCCCAGCGUUGAAUAUCACAGAUGUCGGCCACAGUAACUUUAAAGAUAGGAAAUAAUCAUAUUCAGGUAAUCCUUGUUUGGAAAAUUCGGAAUAAAUCAAUGGAGCUUAAAAUACCCCACCCCACCCCACCCCAACUACAACUCUACCCCCAGCCCCCCUCACACAUCUCUACCCCCUCUCCCUCCACACCUACACCUAUACCCCCAGCUCCCCCUCACACACCUCUACCCCCACCUACAACUCACCUCCACCCCCACCCCACCUACACCUCUACCCCCACCUACACCUCUACCCCUCCCUACACCUCUACCCCCACCUACACCUCUACCCCCACCUACACCUCUACCCCCACCUACACCUCUACCCCCACCUACACCUCUACCCCCACCUACACCUCUACCCCCACCUACACCUCUACCCCCACCUGCAACUCACCUCCAGCUCCCACCCCCAAUCCACAACUGUCCCCACCACGCACCCACCUCCGCCCCACCACCACCUCCUCCCUUGUCGUACUGCAAUCAGUUAAACAUCUUCAGUAACCCCACAACUCUCCCGAAAUGUCUGGACAAGAAAUACAUAAAGUCACAAAGCUUUAAUCAUAAGCUGGUGGAGAAGCGCGGGGGUUGGGGUGGUGUACAGACAAAGAAAAGGCAAAGUGAGGAUUUGAUGAGAGAGUGGGCCGGGAGGGGGGGGAAUUGUGAACCACGGUCCGUGAAUGAAUGCUGCCAUUUAUAACUUAUAUUAGAUGUCAUUUAUAACUUAUUUUUUUAUCUCAUUAUAACUCAAGCUAGAUGUCAUUUUUAACUCGAUUGACAUCAUUUUAACUCGUUUGAUGUCAUUUUUAAUGUUCCUUAUUUUAUGACAGGAGUAAAAGGCCAUUAUGACGUCACGGGUUGCCAAGAGUCAAUGCAGUCAGGUCAAGACCCCCAGGAAGUGUGGCACUGAGAAAUGGUCACUUAAUAUUUGUUACUUAAUAAUUGUAUGUGGAUGGAAGAUAAUCGCAUGAUUGGUUAUCUGCUAUAUUUAGACUUAUUACAUGUUUGGUGGUCUGCUAAAGUUAGACUAACUACAUUUUUGGUAGUCAGCUAUAGUAAGACUAAAUGCAUGUUUGGUGGUCUGCUAAAGUUAGACUAACUGCAUGUUUGGUAGUCAGCUAUAAUUAGACUAACUGCAUGUUUGGUGGUCUGCAAUAUUUAGACUAACUGCAUGUUUUGUGGUCUGCUAAAGUUAGACUAACUACAUUUUUGGUAGUCAGAUAUAGUCAGACUAAAUGCAUGUUUGGUGGUCUGCUAAAGUUAGACUAACUACAUUUUGGUGGUCUGCUAAAGUUAGACUAACUACAUUUUUAGUUGUCAGCUAAAGUUAGACUAACUACAUUUUUGGUAGUCAGCUAUAGUAAGACUAAAUGCAUGUUUGGUGGUCUGCUAAAGUUAGACUAACUGCAUUUUGGUGGUCUGCUAAAGUUAGACUAACUACAUUUUUGGUGGUCUGCUAAAGUUAGACUAACUACAUUUUUUGGUGGUCUACUAAAGUUAGACUAACUACAUUUUUAGUUGUCAGCUAUAGUUAGACUAACUGCAUGUUUGGUGGUCUGCUAAAGUUAGACUAACUACAUUUUUGGUGGUCUGCUAAAGUUAGACUAACUACAUUUUUAGUUGUCAGCUAUAGUUAGACUAACUGCAUGUUUGGUGGUCUGCUAAAGUUAGACUAACUACAUUUUUGGUAUUCAGCUAUAAUUAGACUAACUGCAUGUUUUGUGGUCAGCUAAAGUUAGACUAACUACAUUUUUGGUAGUCAGCUAUAGUAAGACUAAAUGCAUGUUUGGUGGUCUGCUAAAGUUAGACUAACUGCAUUUUGGUGGUCUGCUAAAGUUAGACUAACUACAUUUUUGGUGGUCUGCUAAAGUUAGACUAACUACAUUUUUAGUUGUCAGCUAAAGUUAGACUAACUACAUUUUUGGUGGUCUGCUAAAGUUAGACUAACUACAUUUUUGGUGGUCUGCUAAAGUUAGACUAACUACAUUUUUAGUUGUCAGCUAUAGUUAGACUAACUGCAUGUUUGGUGGUCUGCUAAAGCUAGACUAACUACAUUUUUGGUGGUCUGCUAAAGUUAGACUAACUACAUUUUUAGUUGUCAGCUAUAGUUAGACUAACUGCAUGUUUGGUGGUCUGCUAAAGUUAGACUAACUACAUUUUUGGUGGUCUGCUAAAGUUAGACUAACUACAUUUUUAGUUGUCAGCUAUAGUUAGACUAACUGCAUGUUUGGUGGUCUGCUAAAGUUAGACUAACUACAUUUUUGGUAGUCAGCUAUAAUUAGACUAACUGCAUGUUUUGUGGUCUGCAAAAGUUAGACUAACUACAUUUUGGUGGUUUGCUAAAGUUAGACUAUCUACAUUUUUGGUGGUCUGCUAAAGUUAGACUAACUACAUUUUUGGUGGUCUGCUAAAGUUAGACUAACUACAUGUUUUGUGGUCUGCUAAAGUUAGACUAACUACAUUUUUGGUGGUCUGGUAAAGUUAGACUAACUGCAUGCUUGUUGGUCUGCUAUAUUUAUAUGCUACAUGUUCGAUCGUCCGCUAGAGCCAUACUAUCUUGUACCGUGACUGGUGGAGACAUUUAUGCUGUCCAUUUCUGAUUAAUGAGACACAAACAUGUUGUGUAAAUAAAACAAUAUGGGCUCAGCUUUAGUCAUGAAUCAUGCAGAACACAAAUGCCAACAUUUUGUCAAAUCCCUUCAACAGUAUAACAAAGAACAUUUAUAUAAGUAUACAUUAUAUUCACUUAAUAUACUAGUUGAGAUUGUCAAUAUCUAUAGUGACACACGUCUAGUUGAGAAUGUUCUUAUCUAUAUUGACUCAAGUCUAGUUGAGAAUGGCCUUAUCUACAUUGACUCAAGUCUAGUUGAGAUUGGCCUUAUCUACAUUGACCCAAGUCUAGUUGAUAAUGGCCUUAUCUAUAUUGUCACAUCUCUAGUUGAGACUGCCCCUAUAUAGCAGAACCACAAGAAACGCUAAAUCCUUGUUUCCAAACAUUUUAUUUUUGUUCCAUUUUAGAUGUAUUUUCUCUUCUUAUUUUUCUUCUUUGCCUUUUCAACUCCCACUGGAGCCUAGGCGAUUAACAAUUUCUUUCCAAGCCUUUAGGUCUCUAGCUAUACUGUCUUCGCAACUCUUUCUAGUAUUUGUUGCUUGUUUUUUGUGAGUUCUAUACCAGGGUUUUGUCUUGUUAACUUUGGCAUGAGUUCUAUACCGGGGCUUGUCUUGUUAACUUUGGCAUGAGUUCCAUACCAGGGUUUUGUCUUGUUAACUUUGACAUGAGUUCUAUAACAGGGUUUUGUCUUGUUAACUUUGGCAUGAGUUCUAUACCAGGGCUUGUCUUGUUAACUUUGGCAUGAGUUCCAUACCAGGGUUUUGUCUUGUUAACUUUGGCAUGAGUUCUAUACCGGGGCUUGUCUUGUUAACUUUGGCAUGAGUUCCAUACCAGGGUUUUGUCUUGUUAACUUUGACAUGAGUUCUAUACCAGGGCUUGUCUUGUUAACUUUGGCAUGAGUUCUAUACCGGGGCUUGUCUUGUUAACUUUGGCAUGAGUUCCAUACCAGGGUUUUGUCUUGUUAACUUUGGCAUGAGUUCUAUACCGGGGCUUGUCUUGUUAACUUUGGCAUGAAUUCCAUACCAGGGCUUGUCUUGUUAACUUUGACAUGAGUUCUAUACCAGGGCUUGUCUUGUUAACUUUGACAUGAGUUCUAUAUCAGGGCUUGUCUUGUUGAAUUUUUGCUCAUGGUAUUACCUAUCAAUCCCCACCUUGUUUUUGAAGUUUUCUCUUGUGUUUUGUUCACGACUUUGUGAUAAACGAGCGUUUUCUGUCACCGUAUCUUUAUUUUAAGGUACCGGGAUCGUGGAUCAAUAACCUUCGAUAAAAUGGGGGGCACGAUUUUUAAAAGUUUCAGAUCCCGUGUGCUCGGGAGUUUUCAUCUAUGAUGCCCGUGGGCUGUGGUGGUUAUAGCAUGGUAAGACGAACAUUACAAACAAUGAGUAGACCACAUUAAAAACAAAGAGUCGCUCUUAGCAUGCUUGUAUGGAGAGUAAUGCGCCCAUGCUUCUUACAAAACAUGGCAGGAAAUCGUUCUCUCUCGGCACUCUUCUAUACUUAGCUGUGAAAAGGAAACUACGAUUUAGGAGCUCUCUAAAAGCGUCACGAAGGUCACCCCAAACAUCAGCUUAGAGCUGCUAUUCUCUAUGGCAGUGGUUCUCAUGCUAUUCUCUAUGGCAGUGGUUCUCAUGCUAUUCUCUAUGGCAGUGGUUCUCAUGCUAUUCUCUAUGGCAGUGGUUCUCAAGCUAUUCUCUAUGGCAGUGGUUCUCAUGCUAUUCUCUAUGGCAGUGGUUCUCAUGCUAUUCUCUAUGGCAGUGGUUCUCAACAUUUCAUAUGCCGCGAUUCUUUAAUACAGUUCCUCGUGAUGUGGUGACCCCUAGCAAUACUAUUAUUUUCGUUGCUACUUCAUAAAUAUGUGUUUACCGAUGGUCUUAGGAAACCCCUGUGUAAGGGUCGUUCGACCCCUGUGUAAGGGUCGUUCGAUCUCAAAGCGGUCGUGACCCACAGGUUGAAAACUGCUGCUUUAGUGUGAGUCGGAAAUCCUUGAUAGAACUGUCUCAAUGGCGAGGAGCUAGAGAAAAGAAAUGCAGACGAAGCGGGAAUACUUCUGCCCGUCCUCCAGCAGACAAUUAAAUUAGCUGUCCUUAAAGCUGCAGACAUAAAACCCAGAAACGGGCUUCAUAACCAGGGGUGUAGCAAGGGGGGGUGCGUGGGUUGCGGACCGCACCGGGUGACACCAACCCCAGCUACGUCACUGUUUCAUAACCAGGGGUGUAGCAAGGGGGGGGUGCGUGGGUUGCGGACCGCACCGGGUGACACCAACCCCAGCUACGUCACUGUUUCAUAACCACUUCUAGGCAUGCACCUACCGAUCUUCGGGUAAGAAGUUAUAGUCUAUAACAUGGAUACGUUGUUUGGCCUUCGCGUGUGAAGAUGAUCAAGGCUAUAUUCAACAAUCCUAUUUGUGCCUGGAAAGCUUCCCCGCACGUAGGACACGCUUUGCUUUGGAUCAGAGUUGGAUUGGAAUCGAUUUGGCCUUGCCUUUGCGUGCGCUUUCUUUGGGCGUGAGUGGUGCGCUUAUUCUCUGAGGAGUGUGUUCCAUCAGCGAGUCUGCCACGCCAGCUUAUUCUCUGAGGAGUGUGUUCCAACAGCGAGUCUGGCACGCCAGCUUGUACGGUCCAUAGGUGUUUUCCACGAAUCAAGGUCAAUGUCCAUGGAUUUGAGUGAAGCUUUUAGACAGUCAUUGAAGCGGGGUUUUUUUUUCCUGUCCAUCGCUGACCGUUUCCCUCUCGAAAAUAGCAUGGACACAAGCUCUACAAAAGUACUCAAUCAUCAUCAUCAUCAAUCAUCAUCUGGAGAGUUCACCAAAAAUUAGUUGUUGAGGAAGUCUUUUGUCUGGCAUUCUCGCAAAACAUGUAAAAAUGUGAAAAUAUUAUAUAUUUUCUUUUUGAAAUAUCAAUAAUUUAAUUUCUUGGCGCGCGUCUGAAAGAACAAAACAAAAACAUUUUAAAGCAUUUUAUCUACGAUUUUGCACACCCUAAAUGUUGGAAUAUGUUAACGAAAGGUGUGCACCGCUGUCAUGAACACGGUUGUGUGCGGCACGGCUGUGACGUACUAUUCAAACUAUUUAAAAUUUCCUUGGUUACACAGUUGGGUGCAGCUCAAUUACAAGCACUGGCGAAAACCUGACUUUUUUCUACUACAAGCUCUUCAAUUAGUUCAAGUGUUUUAAUUAGGUAACUUAUCAUGUUUUAAUAUUUGCCGAACAGGACAAAAUGAAACACUUUUCAGUGUAAUUAACUACUUCGCUUCACCAAAGAAAGACUCCCCGUGACAUAGCUGAUCAACAGAUUCGAUACCUUUCAUUUAUUAAUGAUACUGUUGUUCCAACAUUUUAAAAACAAAUUAUCUGUGGAAUGUGUAGUGUGCACAAUUUAGCUAUAAAUAAUAAAAAAAAGUAUACACAUUGUUCACAUUAAACACAUUCAUGUAAACGCUUUAUUUGUUAUCUCUUCACAGUGGUGAAACAAAGAUGAAUUCCAGAGACCAUAACAAAAAUCACAACGAUUGUUGCAGGGAGGCUGGUCUCAAUGCUGUGGCAGCUCAGGAGGUUAGACAACUUUUGUUUUAGUUCUUUGCUCAUUAUAUGAUUGGUUUUCUCCCUUUAAUCAAAAAAUUAAAUUACAAUUUCUGAGCUUUUAUAAAUAGAAACAACACAUUAAAUCCUUUAUUGAUUCACGUCUAAAUUAGACAAGACAAAAUCAAUAUAAAAUUAAAUUUGACACAAUGAUUUCAUUAAAUUUCUUUACUUAACUUUCCAAACCUUUGCUUUAGAGACAGUAAAAGGUAAAAUAACCUCAAAUACACAAUUUUUAUAAUUGGUCUUAUUUUAAUAGAUAAAAUAAUAUUUAUUCAAGAAUGUUGCUUUAGGGUGAUAAUUAUUGAAAUCUCUUUGUGUUUCGAAUCCAGUAUCCAGCAGCUCAUGGUCAAGUUAUUGUGUUUAUGAGGUACAAGGCCGAGAUGGAUCGUCGCAUCCGAAAUGCUCUCAUUCGGAUGUCUGGGCGCAUCAAACAAUAUGGUCCUGGUCACAUUGUAGGGAUCGCAAACAAGGUAGAGGGAUCCCUGGAAUUAUUAUAUUGCAUAGUGCUUUUGAAAUUAAGUGAAUCAAUUUUGCCAACAGAUUUCAAGCACAAAAAUAUAAUUUCCAAAUAACUCCUUUAUACAGCUUGAUUAGUUUUAAGCAAAGAAAGUGUCUUCUAAAGUUUUCCUUGCUCUGAUCUAGGUCACAGUGGUGGAGUCCCCACCCCACAGUGAGUGGCUGCAGCGAGAUGAUUGGUGCUUCGCUGUGUUUGCUUUCCCCAACGAACGCCUGGCCAAUCUGUGGUAUGUUAGUGAACCAGAACUACGACAGCAUGACUUCCUUCCACCAAGUGAUGGUGUGCAACUUUUUUCAAUGGACAUUCGAUACUUACCACAGAUGGGUAAGAUAAGUUUCUGUAACUUUGUAUAGCAUACCAAGUUAAAAUGAUUUGAAUAUGUGAGUGUCGAUUUAUUAAGAAAAUUCUGGAGUGAGUUUUAUUUAUUAGUCAAUUUCUCUUCAGCUCAAAGAAAGCCAGGCCAUAAUCAAUUGUUCCUCCUAUAAUUCUUUAAUAUAAGGUUGGGUUUGAAUUUGAACAAAUGAAACAAUCUAAAGGUAAACUGCUACUUAAAUUAAUACAGUGGGUCCACUAACCAAGGAAAGCAAAGAGGAAUGAUAAAUAGUUUGGUAGCAGCUUGGAAACUGUUUACAAAAAUGCAGUAGUCUGGGAUAUGUGGAAAUCAUUUGUUGCCCAAUGUACUACUGUAUUGGAGGAAAUUAACGAAAACUUGGCAAUUACACUGACUAAUUCAAUACUAAAAAGUCUACUGUCUUUCACUCAAACAAGUAUGAAUCUAAUUAAAUAUUACCUUCAAUUCACAUUGUAAUUUUUUUUUAGAAUUUAACAAAAAUACAGGAAAUAGUGAAGAAAAUCAAACAUUAAAUAUCUUUUUGGUCAGGAAAAAAUACCUUUAACUGGAUGGAGCUGUCAGACAUAAAGAGCAAGUCUUAUCUCCAGUCCGAGUACAUUGACAAGGCUGCUCGUCUUCUAGAUGCCAAGUGUGUCAACCAUGGUGUUGUCUUUGUCAAGGUAAGAAAUCUUAGUAACCUACUAUUCUAUUAUUAGAAAGCAAAUCGGUAUAAAGCUUCAAGGCUGCCUUGGCAUCUGCUAGGAGCUGUUAAACUAGCAACAUUAUUCCCUCAACCGUUGCACAGAUGCCAGUAUAUAGAUGCAGGAACGAACACUACCAGAACCAGAAAUCUAUAGAAAAGCAUCUCAUGAAGUUCAGACCUCUUUCUCUUUGAGUACAUUUUUAUUUGAAACUGCAAGAUAAAAUAUAUUUGGUGUGGUACCAAACUAUGUCUGACCUAGUUUUUAUCUCCUGUUGUAGGAUUCUGCAGUGGAUGACAAAGUAAACCGUAUGAAAGACACCUGGAUCCCCUACAAGACAAUGACCAACUUUGCUCUGCAUCUCUACGACAAUGAGGACCAGUUCUGGAGCAUUUACAACAGUGGUAAAGAUAUUCUUUUUUAUACAAAAUAUUUCCGCCGUCAUUGUCAAUGCUAGGCCUUUACGUCUUUAUCUUGUGUCACAUUAAGAUUAGGCCCUGCAAGCGUCACUUAAAUUUUAAUGCUUUAACAGACAUAUGUUUACUUUUGUAAAUGCAUAUUAUUGUAAUGAAAUUUAUGUAAGCAAAGAUUCACACUUGCUUAUUUGUGUUGUACAUUGAUAUUACAGCUGAAUACAGACCACUCCGUGAGGCCAGACAUCAGCUGUGUAAUACGACAUCUCUACUUUUCACAGUGGACCCUCGGAUCGCUUAACCUAUUUGUUAAUGUGCAGACUUUACAUUGCCUAUGACUCAGCAGGGAUUUCUAUGAUGUAUUAUAUUAUGAAUUUACGCAAUUUCUUGCCAGAGUAUUGGAGUGCUAUGGUUAAAUAGGGGGUCUUGUCAAAAUUUGGUUGAUAAUUAAAUGGCAAAAUUAAUCUACAAAGUAGGAGUAGUUAAAUAAAGUAUUUUCACAUUUUAUAAAUUUUUACUUUAGUAAAUAAAUAACCUUAGCUUAAAUAUAUAUUUUCUUUUUGUUCAGAUUUUACUCACAUAAUUUUAAAUAAAAAUAUAUAAUAAUCUCAAUUAUGUACUUGUCAGUCAAAUAAUUUUGUUCCAUAUUUAACUUUCAAUCUUCAAUUUUGUUUAUUUCAUCCCCUUUUUUUAUUGAUAAAGCUUGCUGACAUGUUCUGUUACUUCUACCAAAAAAUGCCUCAUUCCUAUUUUAAUUGGUCUUCACACCAAUGCCCUGUUUCUAUUAUUUUAAGUUCUUCACUCCAAUGUCCUUUUCCUAAUAUUUAUAGUGGUCUUCACACCAAUGUCCUGUUCCUAAUAUUUUAAGUGGUCUUCACACAUAUUUCCAAAUAGUUUAUUUUCAGUUUUUAAAUUAUAUCUGCUUGUUAAAUAAACAGUCCAAUUUAGUGAUUACAAAUUGUCUUGUAGUAAUGAGUCUUUUAUUUAAGUAGCUGAAUCCCAAAGACACUUUCUUUUCUAAAUAUCCUCCUCAUGAAGCUAUGACACUAAAAUAUCAAUGUUACAACUGCCCAGCAGCAUUCAAACUAUUUUCAUUGGCUCACAUUACCCACAAGCCAGUUUUGUGAAAAUAAGACUAUUUAUGCCAUGAUAAUUUACUUAUUUCUUUUCAAUGUACAUGUCUUGUAAUUAUACUUGCUACUUGCAUUUCUCUUCACAAUACAGUUCAACCAAAGCUUGGAACAGUGAGAAUACAACAAUAUAUAUUUAUACAAGUACAUUAUAAACUUAUACUUUAUACUGCUAUACUCAUAGAAAUGUAGAUGUAUAUAUUAUUAAUAUAAUUUUUAAAA